AUGCGUGUUUCCCUGUUUAAAAACCCUCUCACAUUUCAAGGACCCAUCUUCCCCCACACCCCUCCACUGCGACAUGAAUCACUUCACCCCCAUGACGAUCUGGACUCUAUUGGGCAUCCCUCCACCCAAUCCCUACCCCGAACCUGUGUGUGGUAUAAUAUGUCUAUCAGUGGCCUCAUGUUUGCAACUGUGGACUCCACCGGCCGGUUGCCUGACGGUACCAUGCUCUUAACUAUCAUUGACGACGAUGGGGAGAAGGUGACCCUUCCAGCAUGCGGCGUAACACAGGUCUCUUAA